UUUAUCUGUUUUCUAGUGAUGCGUGUGUGUUGAUCUGCAAUGGCUGCAAUGUAAGUGCAAUGCGAUGAAACAAUAAUAAAAAGUGGCUCAAAAUGCUUUUCAAAAUUGAAUUAUAGUGUAACUAAAUACUAAAGUUCAAUAUCUUUUGUGGUAUUUCUGAGUAAAUGUGAGGAACUUAGGAAUUCUCCAUACCUACAACUUUUUGGAGUAGCUAGAUUUAGAACGUCAAAUUAAAUAGAAAGUCUGGACGCCAAUAUAUGAAAAUGGAAUAAUCAAAACUCAAUGUUAUAAGAAGUUACAAUCAACAAAUAAGUUGAUCUUAAUUCGAAGCUCCUAAAUUCUACCAACUUGAUUGAAUAUAUUUAAGAUGUUUAAUAAGAAUGAAGUUAUUGUGAUUUAAAAGAAAAACCUACACGGGAACAUGUCGAGUGGAUCGUCUGCGACAGGAGUGCUUCCAGGAUCAUCUGGAGAUGCUCCUGUACAUCGAAAAGGACAUCGGAGACAAGAAUCUAUGUAUGCUAUGACUGGCCUGUAUUCAGAAAGUGUCCCUGAAGAUGAUAAUGAGAGCCAGAAACCUACAGCAUCUACGUUUUGUGAUACAGUAAUUAAAUGUCAUAGUCGAAACCCAUCCACUGGCUUUGACAGAGAAAAAGCUGCUUUUAAAGAUAACUUUAGCGAACCAACAGCUGUGAUAUUAAGAGAUACAAAGGAAUGUGGGAUCCUUAAGUGCCGACCUUUGUUUCUACAAAAAUACGCUGGAAUUAAAAGUUUUGUACUUCUUUUAUCAUUUUUGGUGACACUUCAGCAAGCCUUGAGCUCCGGCUAUAUCAAUUCUGUGAUAACUACUAUUGAAAAAAGAUUUGAAAUACCUUCAGGUCUCUCUGGACUUGUGGCUUCUUCUUAUGAAAUAGGAAAUGUGAUAACUGUUAUCUUUGUUAGUUAUCUUGGUAGUAGAAGACACAUACCUGUCUGGAUUGGAGUUGGCACUGUGAUAAUGGGAAUUGGCUCUAUUAUUUUCAUGAUACCCCACUUUACGUCAGAGGAAAACUUUGGAUCAACUAUUGCAAAUAUUACAGAUGAAAAUAUGUGCAGAGUGGUUUCAGUUAGAGAACAAGAUAUAGAUCUGGGUAGAUUUUCUCCAGGAUUGUCUUCCCCUCCUUUAGCGCCACAUAAUAAUUUAAGAGGUGACAACUGUAUUCAAGGCUCUCCUUCCACAACGGGACCUGUGCUCCUGUUUGUUCUUGCUCAACUGUUACUUGGCUGUGGCGGUUCACCACUUUUUACUCUCGGAACCACGUAUAUUGAUGAUCACGUUAGAGCUGACAGUUCUUCUAUCUAUAUAGGAUGUAUGUACAGCAUGGCUGCAUUCGGUCCAGUUUUGGGAUUUCUGUUAGGAGCUUACAUGUUAUCAUUUCAUAUGGAUUCACUUACAAAAUUAAUAUCUAUAGACCCAGGUGAUCAUCGAUGGGUGGGUAUGUGGUGGGGAGGUUUUCUGUUAGCAGGACUUUUAUUAAUUUUAAUAUCGAUACCAUUCUUUUCAUUUCCAAAAGAAAUAACACACGAAAAAGAAAAAAUAAAGUUUAUAGAGAAAGCGGCCCAAAAAAGCUCAGGAAAUGCUAACACUGCCGCUAAUUCCCAAUCUCAGCAGAGUGACUCGGGCUAUGGGAAGGACAUUAAAGAUAUACCUCGCUCAAUGUUAAGACUAGCUUGUAAUCCCAUUUAUAUAGUGACAUGUUUGGGAGCAUGUAUGGAAUUAAUGAUAGUAUCUGGUUUUGUUGUUUUUCUACCAAAAUACCUAGAAACACAAUUCAGCUUAGGGAAAAGUCAAGCAAGUGUCUUUACAGGUUCUAUUGCAAUUCCUGGUGCUUGUAUAGGUAUUUUUAUGGGAGGAUGCAUACUAAAGCGUAUGGAGUUACGCCCAAAGGGUGCAAUACAAUUUGUUUUAAUUGCUAACUUAGUGUGCCUCUCCUGUUAUGCGUUGUUAUUUUUCUUAGGAUGUGAUAACUUAAAAAUGGCUGGUACAACCAUUCCAUAUUUCAACAACACUCGCACAGAACCAUUCCAAGUAAACUUAACGUCGUCCUGUAAUUUUGGCUGCGAAUGUAGUAUGAAUGAUGUUGAGCCCGUUUGUGGGAACAAUGGACUUACUUAUUUUAGUCCAUGUCACGCAGGGUGCACUUCUUCUUCUAGGUCCAACAACUAUCUUAAUUGUGCAUGCAUUCUUGGAAAUGGGUCUAUUAUGGGUGGAUCAGCACCAGGCGUUGCUGUCGAUUCUAAUUUUGAUGAAGUUACAGUGAUACCUGUGGCUACAGCAGGGGCAUGCAAUUCUGCAUGCCAUACUAUUUACCCCUUUUUGAUCCUUCUUUUUUUUAUGGCCUUUGUAGUAGCUAUAACACAGAUGCCGUUACUUAUGAUUGUUUUAAGAUCAGUUAGUGAGGAAGAACGAUCGUUCGCAUUAGGAAUGCAGUUCGUAAUAUUCCGUUUGUUUGGGUAUAUCCCUGCUCCUAUAUUGUUUGGAAACUUGAUAGAUUCUACGUGUCUGUUGUGGAAGAGCACUUGUGGCGCUAAGGGAGGUCGUUGUUUGCUGUAUGAUAUUGAACAAUUCAGAUUUCGUUAUGUUGGACUUUGUGCUGGAAUUAAGAUUCUCGCACUUACCAUUUUUUCAAUAGAUUGGUGGUUAGUAAGACGUCGUAAACAACUGGAAAAAACCGCAACAAUCACAGCUAAUGAAAUUGUUGGCUCCAUAAUAAGUUUAGAUAAACUGUUUGAAGAACGUCACCUUCACUUCGGCCAUCGCAGAAACUUGAGUUCUGUUUCGGCGUGUGAAAUAAGUACAGGUCACAAGCGCAAUACAAGUUCCGUUUCAGCUUGUUCUGUCCCAGUAUCAUGCAAACCGCCAAUGUAUGACUUCCACGAGUUUUCUGCAUCUGAUUUGCGAAAAAAGCUUCAAAUAAGCACCAGUUCCAGUCCUAAAGAAAAUGAAAUAAAGACACCCAGUCAACAAAUUGUUGCUACUAGUGCAGUUAACACUAACUCGUCCUGUGAGGAAGUUAAAGACAACCAAGAAGUUCAUGUUUAACAGUAAAUUGUCUAUUAGUCUUUAAUUUAACAUUAUUGUAAUAUAUUAACACUUGUUAAGAAGGCAAAUUAGUAUUUUUUAACUUGUCCAAGUUGCUUCCAUUGAUAUGUUUUUAACAACCAAUUUUUUAUGGGAAAAUGUAGUAAUUUGAAGCAUAAGAUAUUUUAAUGCGUUUAGUAAGAUUUGCACUUAUUUAUUAUAUUCAGAAUUUAAUACUGUUUGAUGCUGAUCUCUCCCGUGUCAAUUCGCAAUUUAGAAACGAUGUAAUACUCACAAAUUAAAUUUUAAUUACUGUUGGAUAUGUACAGGUUUGUUUGUUUACAUUUCUUCUUGAUUACGUCUUAUUGUCAGUCAAAAAUAUUUUUAAUAACGUAGCUUCAAUAAUUUCUGUACAACAACAAUUCAAAACUUAAAGAACUGAUUUCAUUUUUAUUUGUUAAAAUAUCCUUUUAGGUGUUCAUGAACUUAACUUCUCUUAUUUAACGUACUUAUUUAUUUUGACUGAAAUUCGAGGUGAUCCCGUAUUCAUGCAUAGGUUUACAACUGUGUUAAUCCUAUGUAUAGUAAUAUUUCAGUACUUAUGCUCUUGCUAUUGUUACUACAAUAAAUUCAGUGCCACAAUCGAAAUAGAUUUUAGGUAAAUUUAAAUAAUAGAUCUGACUAAAUAUUGUACACAAUUGACUAUCAUUCAUAAACGGAUAAAAUAUUUAUUAUUUAUAUAUAAUUGUUAAUUGAAGUUUCAAUUUUUUUGAGAUCUGGUUUUACUUUUUUAAGCUAAUAUUUUUAUUUUUAUGGAGAUUUGUAAUUAAAUAAAUAAUUAUAUCAAUGAAAAGUCACAAACGAUACAAAUGAAGCCGUAACAUUUAUUGUCAUAGCUUAAUUAUAGACAAUACUUUUAUAUCAGGUAUUCCGGUGCUUUGUAACGUUAUUAGGCAUAGUUAAAAUCAAACUUAAUCUUAUAACUACAGUCAUUAAGUAUGUUAAUUUUAACCAAAAUUAAUUUUUUAUAAGUAGGAUUAUCAUGAUUAAGGAUAUUAUUUUUUACUUAAAACGAAAUAGUGUUUUAAUUAAUCAAGCCUAUGUAUGUUAGUUAUUGGCUUAUAAGAUCCAGAGGCAGACGGUAUUGUAAAAGUGAUUCACAUAUUGUUCAAUCUUUUUUAUGUAUGUAAAAAUGGUUUAUUUUAUCUUUUUCGUUUGUAAUGUAAUUAACAAUAGCAGGAUAUAUUUAUAAAAUUACAUAAAUUGGCACUAGAGUAUUUUGGAAUCUUAUUAGAAGCGAUAUUUUACAGAUAGUGAAUCAUUUGGCGGUCAUAAUGUAAUCAGGGUAAACAAAUUUAUAUAUUUUAAUAGAAUAAAUGCACAGUUUAUAAUAGUUAUAGAAAAAUGAAGCACAUACUCUUGAAGCAAUGUUUUGAGAAAAAAAUAGUGGUGAAAGCAGUAACUGCUAUAUUUUUUUAGCCAAUUUAUUUUGUGUUAUUUUCUAAAAUCGGAAAGUAGUUUUAUGCGUUAUUCAGGCAUUUCUAUCUUAUAACGAAUUCAUUUACGAAUGUAAUAUGGUUUACAAGCAGUUGGAUUAUUAUCAUCAGACGAAUUAUAAAACAGCAUUGCUUUGUAAAACAAAACAAAAUGGAUUUUACAAUAUGAGUACGAUAUAUAGGUUUAUAAUAACGUUAUCACUUUCUUUUUCUCUGAAUCUGUGCUUCUAAUAAGACAUACCUGCUUCCAUAUUUUUAUGAGGCAAUAUAUGAUUCUCCUUGUGUUUACUAUUUGAAAAGUUAAUUUGUACUGUUGAAUUAGGGUUUGUGGUUUAAGUAGUUGAAAAAAAUUUCCUAGCAAAUUAAAUUUAUUCUAAAACUAUAUAAGGAAGCAAAGGAUUGAAAAUGUGCUAGGUAUGACAAUAUUAUAUUUUAUUAGUAAAGUUGUUAAUUUAUUUGCUUUUAAUGAAUACAAUUAUUAGGUAGAUAGCUAAUUUGAAAAAGUGUAUUAAAAUGCUCAAUUAAAAAACAAAAAAGUUAAUACAUGUAUGCCUUACAUUUACAGUCAAAAACUGACAAAUUGAUAUCAGAUACACAUACCUAGUAUUAGAUAAAAAAUAUUUUUAGAGCACGUGUUUAUUUUAACGUAUGAAUAAAACUUGUUAAUAAUUAUUUUUUACAUGAAAGCACUGUACCUAUAUAUUUUUAUCAUUUUUUAUAUAACUGAUAACGUUUUAUUCUAUUGUUUGUGAAAUCGUUUCGUUCUGUACUUUAUUCUCGAAAUUAAAAGAAUUACAUAUAUAAA